UUUUUUUUUUCCUCUCUCGCCUUUUCCGAGACAGGAGGUGAAGGAGAAAAACAAGUUUACACACAGGGCAUGACGAGAAGGAGGCAGUGAACAGGAAAAUCCUAUCCCGGCGCGGAGAGAGAGAGAGAGAGAAAAACGCACUACCGCCAUUUCGGACCGUUAAAUUUCCUCUCGAAGGGAAGGGGAGAAAAUAAAAUUUGGGGAAUUCUUAACUUGCCUAUUUCGAGAUUUCUAACUUUUCGGGAGACUGGAAUUGAGGAAUAAGCUCUUCAGAUAUUUCAAGGUUCCUCCUAAAUUGAAUUUGCAAUAUAUCUCUCGGUGGGAGAAAAACAUCUUGAGGUGUAUUACUUUCUAGACACAGGACAGAAGAAAUUAUUCACAAAAUAAAAGACAACCAUGGAGAAAAAUUUGCUGUUAAUCCUAUUGAUUACUUUGGGAUCUCAAAAUAAAGCAGGUGCUGCUCCAACUAAAGAAUGUAAAGUUGAACCAGUUCAACAAAAACAUCCUGUCACUGUCUCGCAAGUGAUACAGUACUGCAUUUGCCGUGGCAACUCCACACCUAAUGAAAGCAUAUAUGUCUUUGACACGGUCAUUCCUCCUCGGAAAUUCCCUCAGAUUAUCUUGAACGUGCAACCUAUUAACGUUAACAAGAUGAUGGUCCUUAUUUUUUACAGCAACCGUAAUUUAGUUUGGAAUUUGAGUUCUGUCAAUAUGCCAUUGAUAGUUCAUCAUUCUCAACAUAACUUGGUAUUUCCAAAGAAAACAAUUACGAAUUCAACUGAAUUGAAGCUAUUUAAUGGAACUUGCACCUCUUUUACUACUUUAACUGAGUCCGAAAUUGAAGGAGUAAACAUCAUCAAAUUUAAAGAAGAUGAAAUGCAUCUGCCUAAAUGUGAAAAACAGGAUCAUUCUAAUGCUGAUUAUUAUCAAAAUUAUGAACUCCUCAAUCAAAAUUUGAAGGGUUGUGUGACAUCUGAUCAACUUGCCGCUUCUCAGCUACACAUCAUCAAUCUAAUAGCAACAUCAAGUACUAUGAACAAAACAGAGAAGUUCAUUAACAUGCAAGUAAGAUUUACUCAUGGAAAUGAUUGCCAUAAAUGCAAAAUCUUGCUGGUUAUACAGAGCAAACAGCCAAUGACCUUGAAUAUCAUCGGAGAAGUUCCUUCAUUAAACCUUACGGUAUCUCAUAAUACCAGUAUAACAUGGCCAGGAUCAGUCAAGGUUGAUCCUAAACUCCCAGAAACAUCUAUAGAGCUAUUGAAAUGGGCCACAAACCAUGAGCUUCCUACUGCAUCUUUGACAGAGAUUCCAUUGGUAGAUAAGAUUGAAAUUAAUAUUAAUAUUAAAGUUAAUGGCAACCAGUUAAUGACUACAAGUAAUUUUAUUAAGUCUGUUCACUGUGGCGAAUUGGAGAUGGAAAUCACUGUUGUUAAACCUAGGAAGGAUUUAAUAAAGGAAAUCACAUUAUUGGAUGAGAGUUGUAAUGGAAGCAAUAAUGAAACACACUUCUAUUUAAAACAUGUCCCUUACACUAAAUGUAAAACUACAGAAAGUAUGGAUGGUCAUAACUAUGUUAACAAGCUAAAGAUAAAGUUAUCCAAUGGAGAGGAAAAAAAUUUUGAAAUAACUUGUCCACGUGUACAAACCAUUUGUGAUAUCCUUAAGCUGAACAAUAUUAAUAAUGGAAGAUACAUUAGAAUUCACGAGUGUUCUAACUUUGAAAAGCCAUCUUCAAAGCUUUACAACUGCACAACUGUCUAUGGAGAGGUUUUAGUUUUGCUGAACUCAAUGAUGUUAAACCAAAUAAAAUAUAAUUGCUCCCUCAUCCUGAAGGAUUCCAAUUUCAUAAAUAAACUGCCUCAUGACAUGCCAUUGAGCCUUACUAAUCUAGAGCCACGUCAAGAUGAGUGUGGUCAUUCUAAAGUAUGGUCCAACCGUUUUAAGUUCAUAUUUCAUAACAUCUGGAGCCCAGGUGUUGAGGAUGUUGUCAUGGAAUGCAAUACAAGCUAUUGCCCUGAACCAAACAAAUGCCAUUUCGUGGGAAAGGUAUCUAAAGCUUUGAAAAUAGAUAACAGUUGUCCUAAACAUGUUGAUUGUCCCAAAUCCCCGGACCCCACAAUUGUCAGUCCAGGGGUCCAGAGCCUGGAGAUGUCAGCCGUAUUAGGAAUUGUAUUUGGUGCCUUUAUCAUUGGAGCAUUGCUAAUUGCAGCCCUGUGGUUUUUAUAUUCACACACUGGUUCUUCUGAGAAGAAGCAGGUUAUUCCUACCAAUCCACCUGCAUCUGAGAAUAGCAGCACCAACCACAGUAUUGGGAGCACCCAAAGUACCCCAUGUUCCACCAGCAGUGUUGCAUAGCCAUCAUCAAGAGGACUUCCAACACUGGUUAAAAUGAACUGCAACAUGCCAACCAUCAUUUCAUCAAAAUUCCUGAGUAACUUUGGUGAAUGUAGCAGCUAUUACAAUUUACUUUUAAGAAAGUACUAUUGUUAGUAUUACAUUGCAUCAACUUGGAUUGAAGUGCCACCUAUCAAUGGUUGCCUGUGUUUCCUAAAGAAUAAUGAUUUCAGAUGAUGACUACAAUGUGCUAAUUAUUAAGAAUUGAUUCAGUUGAUUUACCCACGAGGGUAAAUGAUUAAAUUCAAUUCCUUGAAUUUAAGACUAGAUUAAGACAUAAAAAUUCAAGUAGUUGUUAUUAGUGCACUUAAAGAGCUAUUUCAAAUGGUUUAUAUGGGAUUUAAUACAUUUUUGGCCCCAUGUUUUACAUGUUUCAUAUGAGUGUAUGUUAAUGAUAAUACCUAUUGGAGGGAGGAGGGUUAUUUUUCCAUUAAUGGUGCUAAUAUUUACUUACAGAUGCUUAAAAUUUUAAUCUAAUCCCUUCAAAAAUCCAGGGAAGCAUAAUUUUAAAUUAUGAUCAAAGAACAUUUCCCACUGCAUGCAUGCUUUGAGGUGUUUUAUCAUGAUAAAGAUGCAAAUCUACUUGUUUUUGACAGACUUUGACCAGGUUGAAAUUGGAAUCCAUUAAGACCCCCUUAUUAGUACAGAGAAAAUUGGAAGAGAUGCUCACCAUGAAAUGCAAAAAGAAACAUACAGAACAGAAUGCAUUUUUUUUUACAGUCUAUUCUCUAAUUGGUCAGCUGUCUCAUAAGAAAAUUAUUUUAAAAUAACUAAUUUUUAAAAAGGUUUGGUCUCUUGAAUUAAAAAUAUUAAACUAUGCAAUGUAUAUAUUGGAUACCAUUGAAUUAAGACAAUUAUACAUUUAUUUUUACAGAAAAUAUUAUUUACAAUAACAUCAAUUUUCAAAAGGCUCAAUCUUACCACUUUAUAAUCACUAGAAGGCAAUCAACUGUAACAGAUCACAACUGAUUAGAACUUUCUGGCUGUGUAUCAUAUUAUAUAAAAUUUUAAAAUAAAAAUGGGGGCAUGAAUAAUUUAAGGCAUAUUACACAUGCAAAACUUUGAGGGACAAAUACAAAUGGCAAUUAAAUCUUGUCUACAGAUAAAAUUAACCUUUAAGAUGACAUGCCAAGGCAGAAAUUGUACAAAUGCCCUGUUAUAAUGGUUAAUCAUGAGGAAUAGCACUUAACUCACUAAUGAAUUUAGAAAGAGUAUUUGACCAAGAUAAUAUGAAUCAAGUAAACUUAGCAAAAAAAGGAGAAAAACCUAUUUUUGAAAAUACAAGUUGUAAAGUUAAGUUUUAUUUUGUAAAUUUACAUUUAAACUUGUCAUUUAUGGACCUCUGAAGAAAGUAAUGGCUGCAUUAAGUCAGACAUACAUUAUGUUAAAACCUCAGCUAUUUAUUGAUAAAUAGUUCAUUUAGAAUUUUUUGUUAAUAUGUAAGAAAUAAGUUUAUCUUUUUCUCGAUGAUUUAAAUGAUGGUUUUUUAUUCAUUAGCAGGCCAUUUGGCUCCUCACACUCCCAUAUAUGUUUCUUGUACUAACUCUGUAUCACUUGAUUCCCUGAAAAACCAAAAAUCUAUUCAGGUAAAUUUGCUUAAUUUUCAAUGCACUUUUGAAGAAAAAGAAGUAUUAUUAGCUUACACUCAAUGAGAAAUACAUAACGUUAAAAAAAACACUUGCGUGUCCUCUCCAUUAUUAAAUGAGCCACUUUCAAAUUUACGGUUAAUAAAUACUGAGGAACUAGUCCCACAUCCUAAUAACACUACUACUGUCACGAUUUUAACCUAAUUUUACAAUAGUGAAAAAUAAUAUCAGAAAAUGCUGAAAACCUUCAGCAGAUCAAGCGACAGUGAUGGGAAGAAAAAUAGAGCUAAUAUUUCAGGUGGAGAACACUUCGUAAGAACUGGCAAGGAAUGAAAAGAAGCUUGGUAAGUUGCAGAGAAUGGUGGAAGGGAGAAUUCAAAACUGGAUUCUAAAACUUUAGGUAAAUUGACCUACAAGUACCUGGGGUUGCACCUGGAUAACAGGCUUGAGUGGAGCACCAACACAGAGGAUAUGUACAAGAAGGGCCAGAGUCCCCUUUUCUUCCUGAGAAGACCGAGGUCCUUUGGAGUAUGCAGACCUCUCCUUCACAUGUUCUACCAGGCUGUUGUUGCCAGUACAAUUUUCUAUGUGAUGGUGUGCUGAGGCAAUGGCAUCAACAUGGGUAAUGCCAACAGACUCAAUAAACUGAUUAGAAAGGCUGGCUCUCAAAUUGGACACACUGGAGCCUGUGGUAGAACAAAGGACCCUACGAAAAAUCCUGGCAAUUCUGGACAAUGUUUCUCACCCUCUGCAUGCCACCAUGGCUGACGGAGCAGUUUUAAGUAAUAAACUAAGACAACUGCGCUGCUCCAAAGAGCGCUAUAUGAGGUCAUUCUUGCCCUCGGCCAUUAGGCUCUAGAAUAAGUCAACCUAUAGCUGGGAAGUGAUGACCCCCGAGAUAACAGUCCUAAGAUUUUUCUUCUUUCCUAUUUCUCUUGUAUUUGUAUGUAUGUGUACAUAAUUUCCUUUGGGAUCAAUAAAUUAUCCAUCUAUCUAGCUAUCUAUCUUAUCGGUCUAUAUUUGUUGCCCAUUGGCUCAGCUUGUUUAUUUUUAUGCAGAAGUUGAAGACAUGCUCAGCCUGACUGGUGUAUCAAUAACUGCUCUCAUUUGUGUGUAGGCCUCCAUUAGUCUCAAUAGACCAUGGAUUUGCACCUUGGAAAGUUUCUAGGGUGCGAGCCUGGGCAAGGUUUUUUUUUAAAUGGAAGACUGGCAGUUGCCCAAGUCUUUCCUCUCCACACCACCGAUGUUGUCCAAGGGAAGGGCGUUAGGACCCAUACAGCUUGGCACCGGUGUCAUUGCAGAGCAAUGUGUGGUUAAGUGCCUUACUCAAAGACACUCACAGCCUAAGCCAAGGCUUGAACUAACAACCUUCAGAUCACUAGACAAACGCCUUAACCACUUGGCCACAUGCCAACUGCUCUCAUGUACUCACUAACCAGAUAACUUUGUAUAAUUGCUUUAUUCCCUUAGCCACCCUGGUUUUACCUUUUCAGAAAUCAACUCUCACCUUCCCAUUCUCUACAGACUUCUUUUGAUUCCUUCCAGUUCUGAUAAAGGAUUGUCCACCUGAAAAAUCAACCCAGUUUGCAGAUAGUUAAUCCAUUCUUAUUGAGGAAGAGAAACGCAUUUAAAUUUCAGUCAUAUAACACAAAACAGACCUUUGUACAUGUCGGCCAAGAUGUCCAUCUCAGCUAAUCUCGGUUGCCUGCGUUAGGCUCAGAUCCCUAACAUUUCCUAUCCCUGUACCUGUUGAUGUGUCAGUAGUUCCACAUGGACUUACAUUUUAAUGUAGCAAAUGUUCAUUUAUUGUGAAAAAAUGUACAUCAUCUCCAUGUCUUCAUUUCAUCAACUGAUGAUUAUUCAAUUCUCACCAUUAGUAAUAAAUUUGUGUGCAUCAAAGGUGAAUUAGAAACAGAGUUGCUCUAAUUCACAAAUGUGCAUACUUUAAGUUGCAUGUUUCAAUCUUCAUGGAUCAACUAUCAAAUGAAUUUUGAAUUUUCCUGUAGUAGCUAUGCUUACUAAGUUCUUAGGCAAAAGUGCUCAAACACAUUUCAUACAGGUCAUACCAUUAUUAAAAUUAUAGAGGCUUACUGAAAGUUUGUUCUGAAAGCAUCCUUAAGUCAAAAUCCUCAACUUUUGAAGGAUACGAAAGAUUAAAAAACUGCAUGUUUUCAAAAUAUCAAGAACUUAGUAAUGGAGAAUCUUAAUUAAAUCACAGGAAUGACAAUACAGCAGUUGAAAUUUUGUAAUAUUUCAAUGUUUUUAUGAUCCCAUUUUAGAUUGUAUAGUAAAUCAAGUUAUGAAAUUUAUAUGCAAUAUUGGUAUUAUAAGAUCAAUCCAUGUGGCUGACAGUCAUAUACAUUAAAUAACCAAGUAAAAUUUUAUUACUUGUUAAUAAUUAUACACUAUCAGCAACAACAAUGUAAAUAUACAGAUGAAGAACCAUGCUGGAUACAUUUUUCAGUUGUUCAAUGAUGUGCAAAGUCAAAAGGAGCUUUUGGGAGUUCCUUCUCAUUUCCACUGAGCAACUGAGAGUGUUGAAUUAAAAAAUAUUAACAACCAAAUCAAGGAUUUUCAAAAUAAGCCAAUCCUUACCAACUCUAUACUUACAACAUUCCAUCUAAAUUUGGUGGCAUAUUCUUCUAUUCCAUUUUUUUCAUGUGUUUAUCUCCCUUAAAUGCAUCUAUGAAUUUAUUUAACUGCUCUUUGGAUUGAGUAUUUUCCAAUGGAUUUACUAGAUCUUGUCAUAUUAUUUUGGUUUCCCCCAGAAGUGAAAAGAUCUCUCAAGUAUACCCUUUCAAAAUAACUUAUAUUUCCUAUACUGUAAAAGAAUAAACAGCUUUAGUUCCUUAGGUCCAGAACACAUUCCAGGAUGCAAAUAGCUCUGAAUUCCUUUUUUUUUUAAAAAAAAGAGUUCCUAUGAGUGCUUUUCCUUCCCAUAUCUUAGAAUGUUUCAUUUUAAAUCAUUUUGAAAAUUAUCAUAUUUUUAACAUUUUUGUAGAACUACAUAUUCCUAUGUCUACAUUGUUCAAAAAAUAAUGCUAAUAUCUGCAUUUCUUUGAAGGCCAUGUUAUGUUUUCACAACUUUAACAAAGAUGAAACCAUUUCAGAUAUCAACUAGAGACAUAAAAUCUCAUUAGUCAUAUGUAUACUUUAAAAGGACCUUAAAUUAUUUUCUUUUGUGUAUACUCUAUGGCUAUUUACAUUUUCUCUGGAUAAUGGCAUUAAAAUUGCCUCUGGAAAUGUUGACUGUUUUCAUCACUUCCAGACAGAAAAUUGUUUCCAAUAAACACAAAAUGCUGGUGGAAACUAUUGUUUCCAAUAGUUAAGUAUCAAAAUUGAAUUACUUUUGCCCCUGUCUCUGCAGUUUCUCUUCUAAAAAAAAUGCUUCACUGAAGUAUUUCACUUAGAAUAAUAAUUUGAUAUCAAAAUUAAGCUUAAGAAUCUCCAGUUACCAUAAUAUUCAUUGAAACUCUAGCUAGUGAAAGAUACUUAAUAUUUUGUUUAUAUAUACUGUUUAUACAAACUCUUAUCCUAUGUACUUUAUGCAGUUAUGUGAUUUUAAUGUCUUCGAAGAAGACAAAUUUAUUGACCUGUAUCAGUCUUAUGAGAGGUAUGUAUAUUAUUACUCUGUUAGUAUGUUUAACUGCACUGAACUCAGAACUAUGUAGACUAAAACAUGCAAAUCAUUAUUAAAAUGUUGUAAACUAAAAGAAGUUUACAGAGGACCAAAUACACUCAUUAAAGUGCAUCAGAAAUAAAAAAAAAGGAUUUGGAUUUGAGUGAGUUUAUCAUCUUUAACUAAUGUUAAGUGGAUACAUUGUGUCUAGUGAGAAACCAGUUGCUAAAAUUCGUCACAUCAAUGUUUUAAACCGUAUUAAGCAAGAAGUACAUGAAUAAAUGGAAACAAGGAAUA